AUGGAGGAGAGAAACAAAGCCGAAGUUAGUGACGGUGAGGUGAUAAGCUAUCUAGUCCAAAGCGGGUUCACAAAGGAAGAAAUUCAAAAUGCCAUAAAGGAGACAGGAUCGAGGGACAUUGAUCUCCUGGUCAACUUUAUCAUAAGCUCUACUCAAGAAAAAUCCCGCAAAGGUGUCAAAGAGGCUAAGAAAGAGUACAACAACAAAAUGCCGAGAGAAGCAGCAGAGCUUGAAAAGAAAAGAAGGGAGGAGAUAAUGAAAGAAAGGAUUUAUCGAGAGCAACUUAUAAACCAAAUCAAGGCAGAUAUGGCCGAAAAGCUUGAGAGGGAGAAGCUUGAAGAUGAAAGGUUGAUGAAUGCAGCUGUCGAGAAAAGCGAGGACAUUUCAGACUGUAAGAUAAAACUAUGGCUAGGAGAUGGAACUUCAUCUAUAUUAGGAUUCUCCAAGGACGACACCAUUGAGGAUCUUUUCAAGAGGAUCGAAACAAAACUCAACAAAAAGAGAUUCAGCUUAUUCAGAAUGAACCAUGUAACGCCCAUUGAAAGAAAUUCAAAGAAGAUAUCUGAGAUACCUGGGCUCUAUCCAAGAGGUGUUCUUUUCAUUGAAGAAUAA